AUGCCCGAAGGGCUCCCGAUCGACUUUGAUCAGCCAUUGAACGGAACAAUGGCAGCAUACACCCAGCAGGUCGUCAUCUGCACUGGCCAGAGAGAUUGGGCCAGUCGCAUUGAGGAUGAUGGCAAGAGCCAAAGCUGGGGAGAGCUAGUUAGAGGCUUGAAGAAGCUGAUGGGCCGUGGUGGGCGCUAUGCGGAUCCGUUCAAUAACGUCUUGGUUUCGAACUCGUCCUUUAGUCCUUCAUCCUCCACCGCUACCGCCUCGGCAUUUCUCUUUCCCCGAUUCAUAUAUAUUCCUUCAAUUUUCGUGAAUGUCUCCGAGGAGCAAAAUGCGCAGACAGAUCUCGCAACGUUUGUCCAAGCCUUUCUUCUCCCGGAACAGCUAAAUCCUAUGCAAGAUUCCCUCUCCGAGUCUAAGCGGGCGAAAUUAACCCGCAAGCCUGAACUUGCAUCCAAUUUUCCAGAUGCCAUCGACAUUCAGUACUCUCCUGUUGUAUUGAUAUGCGGUCAUGGUGGUCGUGACAUGCGCUGCGGAGUCAUGGCGCCUGUCCUUGAAAAGGAGUUCAGCCGCGUCUUACGUGCGCGGGGGUUCUCAUCCGCCGGAGCGGACGGUAAUCCCACUGACAGCCCUGAGCAUGCCCAUGUCGGACUGAUCAGUCAUGUCGGUGGUCACAAAUAUGCUGGAAAUGUGAUUGUGUACAUUCCUCCCGGCAUGAAGGCAGGUGGCUCCCCUCAUCCGCUGGCGGGUAAGGGUAUUUGGUAUGGACGGGUUGAACCAAAGCAUGUCCAGGGAAUUAUAGAUGAGACUAUAAUGAGUGGAAGAGUGGUACUCGAUCAUUUCCGGGGUGGGAUUGAUCGCAAUGGUGAUAUCCAACGAGUAUAG